CAGAAACGAAAUACGCCACACAUUAAUACUCUCAUGUAGAAGUAGAAGUGCGCCGAUGCUGUGAGCAUCCUGUUUCUGUGUGUCACGAUGCCGACUAGACUGUUUCUGCUUCUUUUUCUAAUUGGACAUGUGUUUGCCAAAGAGCCGCCUGAUGUGGAGUGUGUGGUGGUACAUCAGGAACAUGUGAAGUGUUCCUGGAAUAAGCAGGGGACUCCACAGGUCAACUACACCUUCUAUAGCUGGUUCCACCAUGACAAAGAAAUCAGUAACUGCACCACCUAUAUGUCAGAGAGCAGCACUAACAUUGGAUGUAUCCAGCCCUAUAACAACAACAAAAGAUUCACCACAUUUUACACUAGACUGGUGCAUGGAAACAAGACUCUUCAUCAGAGGCAUGAACUGAAAAACAGAGUCUUGUUGUAUCCACCAACCAGCGUGACUGUCCAAAAUGGAUCUGACUUUAACCUGUGGUUUUACUGGAACCAAAGUUUUACAAACUGUGUGGAGAGUGAGGUUCGCUACAGGAUCAACAAUAAAAAGUGGAUGACUUCUCAAAUUGGAACUGGGGAUCAGAAUUUCUGCAUCAACUUGCCCUCCAGCACUGCCCAAUAUGAGCUGCAAGUGCGAAGUAGACUGGCAAACAACUGUGGACAGUCUGAAUUAUGGAGUGACUGGAGUGAGCCUGCGGUCUGGGGAUACAACAACACCACAGUUAUCAAUCAUCCAGACGUGUCAGUGUUUAAGUGGACUCCAUUUCUGUAUGCAGUGGGUAUUGUCACCCUCCUCCUACUGGUCAUAAUGUUGCUGCACCAUGAAAGGAUCAGAAUCAUCCCCAUCCCUGUGGUGCCCAAGCCAUCCCCGGUCCUUUACGACAUUGAGGACUGGCUUCGAUUCUCCAAAGGCCUGAAAGGAAAUUUCAAGGCUAACUACAAUGAGCACGCCUGCCCCGUCCGCGAAUACUGCUAUGUCUCCCAGUCUGACAGUGAGAGCUCUGACGGCUCCACCCUCUCCGUCACCACCGACCAAACCGACUGCUCUGUCUCCAUUCCCGUGUCCGACUCAGACAACCUGUUUACCCCCUGCUCCUCCUCCACCUCUGAUGUUCUUGUCUCGCCUCAGGACGAGGAGCAGGUCUCUGCUUAGGGGGGUAUCUCAGUCAGGAUUGGGUUUGUUGAAACUUUACAAUCCAGAAAUUCUUAUGACUGCGAGAAUCAGAUAAAGAAUAAAUGAUGUAUGGUCUCAUAGUUCCCCUCAUGAGGAGAGACCAGAUUGAGGCAGUUAAAAGCAAUCAAUUAAAUAGAAGCUGUUAGAGUUAAAGGAUAACAACCACCAGAUGCAGCAGUUACAGAAAAAAAAGAAAGAGAAAACUCUUAGCUAUUCAAAAUCUCUUUAAGAUGCCUGAUUUUCUUCUUAGAUUUUCUUUUACUGCAUAUAAAUAAUAAUAUAAUAAUAAUCUGAAACAUUUUUCAUCAAUAAAAUAACAUUCAUGAAAAUAUGUUUUACCUAGGGAAUAAAUACUUUAAAUAUUUGUUAAGCACCACUUUGGGGCACUGACAUUCUAUCUUUUACUCCACCUUAGAGUUUUCACUUUAUCAGUGGUCUAUUGAUUUCACUACACUGAGAGAAUAACUUGUUUUUAAGUUAUUUAUGAAGUUCUUCUUCCUCUACUCCCUUAUCAAAUGUCAUCCGACUGGUAUAAAUGUCAGCUCAAGAACAAGUAAGUAUCAGUUAUUCCUAAAACUUAGAGUUUAAUAUGAGAGACAAAUAUUUCACACGUGUGACCUUCAUUGCGUCAUUUUUUACUGACAUAAAAUAUUAAUUGAAGAUGUUCGAUUCAGGUGCAUGAAGCUCUUUUGCUGACUGACUUAUGAAAUAUUUACAUGUGAUAAGUAAACAUAUUUAUAUUUUGUACCUCAAAGUUAAUAUUUAUGGUUUGGACUUAACUGCUCAUGAAUAAAAUAAUAUCUAAAGUGAUUCUUAAAAACUGACUUCAGCCCAAAACCCGGCUUCACUGUGUUGUGAAGGGAACAGGAUAUCUAACUUCAACAGAGCAGCUAUGGUCUUGAUGAAAGGCCACACUAAAAUUACUCACUGAAAAGCCAUAAGCAUAGCAAGAUUUCUUUCUUCACACCACUUAUAUGAUAUACUCAUAUGAUAAAAUCGUAAAAUUGCUGACCUCUUACUUUUUUUUCUUUUUUUUUUUGCAUAAUAUCAAGUUAUUUUUCUUAUAUGCAACUUUUAAGUUCCUCUCCCCAAUCUGAGUUUAGUGCUGAUGUAUGGUGAUAUAUGUGUGCACUUUUCAUAUAUUUAACCUUUUGUAAGACAUUAUCUAAUCAAGCACAUUGCAAGACUGGUUUAUACUGUAUACUGCACCACAUACAUGAUAGCAGCUUUACAGACUCUAGCUCUGCCCAAUGCUAGAUUAAGUUAUAUAUAUAUAUUUUUAAGUUUGACUAUUUCAGGAAAUCAAUUCAGUGGCUGAUUGAAAGUUUAUUCCAACUUGUAAGAGGGCGACACAUUCAGAAAAAAAUGGCUUAAGUUAUACUGAAUAAUUUAUAGUUACUGAUAUUAAACUGAGUGCUGGUUUCAUUCAGAAUUGGAUGAUGGCAAAAUAUAGCAUUCCAUUAUUUUUGACAAAAUAACUUAAUGUUAAUGUGGUUUGCUUUGGGUAGACAUUUAUAACUGACCUGGGCUUUACUGCAAAGUGAGAAACCUACUAUAUUAAUAUCUGCAUCAUUACCAAAUAGAAAAGAUAAGUAACAGACAAAGUUUUUCACAACCUGGCAACCAGUGAGUGUGCUCUUAUUUAGGUCUCCCAACCUUUCUAGAAUGUGUUUUUAUGCAUUAGUAAAAUGUAAAACCCUGUAAUAACAUGUGCCUCAAUGGAGAGUGACACCACAUCACAACGUCCAGGUGAUCAUGUUGGUAUCAACAAAAAUAUCACAAUAGUUGCAUCCCAGCCACAUCAUUUGUGUGUUAUUUUCCUCUAAUUUUGAAUGUUACCUAUCUUAAUAUCUUUCAAUGUACUUUUUAAAAUCUGGUAGGACAUUUUUGUAACCUACUUUUGUUUUUAGUGUUUUGUUUCCUACAGUCGGACUCUAUGAAGUACUUGCUGUAUUUUUCUUCGUCUCUUUAUUAAAGAAUAAACUUACCUGUCUAAAAGCUC